GCACCUCGGCCUCUCCCGCUCCUCUGCCCCGUCUGUUUCUCACGGCUCCUCCUCGGCGGCUCCUCCACGGCUCCUCCGCGGCUCCUCCUCGGCUCCUCUGCCCGCAGUCCGCUGCCUCCGCGCCGAACAUGGCCAACAACGCCCCCCCGAAGCGCCAGGACACCAGGAAAUUUUUCGAGAAUCUGUCCGGAGAUGGAAAAUCCAUCGGGGUGCUCACCAGCGGAGGAGAUGCCCAAGGGAUGAACGCGGCGGUCCGGGCUGCCGUCCGUAUGGGGCUGUACGUCGGAGCCAAAAUGUAUUUCAUCCACGAGGGUUACCAGGGGAUGGUGGACGGAGGAGACAACAUCCAAGAGGCGUCGUGGGAAAGUGUCUCCAGCAUGUUACAAGUGGGGGGGACGGUGAUCGGCAGUGCGCGUUGUAAAGAGUUCCGCACUCACGAAGGACGACUCCGCGCGGCGCUGAACCUCGUCCAGAGACAAAUCACAAACCUGUGCGUGAUCGGAGGAGACGGGAGUCUGACCGGAGCCAACCUGUUCAGAGAAGAGUGGAGCGGACUGCUGGGCGAGCUCCGGGACCAAGGUCUGAUCGAUCAGUCGGCCGUGGACAGUAACUCCGUUCUUCACAUCGUGGGGAUGGUGGGUUCCAUAGACAAUGACUUCUGCGGCACCGACAUGACCAUCGGCACCGACUCCGCCCUGCACCGAAUCAUCGAGGUGGUGGACGCCAUCAUGACCACGGCCCAGAGUCACCAGAGAACCUUUGUGCUGGAGGUGAUGGGACGUCACUGCGGGUAUCUGGCCCUGGUCAGUGCUCUGGCCUGUGGGGCAGACUGGGUGUUUAUCCCUGAGAUGCCUCCUGAGGACGGCUGGGAGGACAGUCUGUGCCAGAAACUCUCUGAGAAUCGUGUGGAUAAAAAGCGUCUGAACAUCAUCAUCGUGGCUGAAGGCGCCAUCGACCGCCACAGCAAAAACAUCACCGCCGAAAACAUCAAGGAUCUGGUGGUGAGUCGUCUGGGCUUCGACACCAGAGUGACCAUCCUGGGCCACGUUCAGAGAGGAGGAACCCCGUCUGCCUUCGACCGCAUCCUGGCGAGCCGUAUGGGCGUGGAGGCUGUUCUGGCUCUCCUGGAGGCGUCCUCAGACACACCCGCCUGUGUGGUGUCUCUCGUGGGGAACCAGGCCGUCAGACUCCCCCUCAUGGAGUGUGUGCAGAUGACUCAGAAGGUGCAGAAGGCCAUGGACGAGAAGAAGUUUGAGGAGGCCGUCCAACUCCGGGGAAGGAGUUUUGAGAAUAACCUGACGACCUACAGGCUGCUGUCGUCUCGUAAGGCCGACUCCGAACUCCCAACUAGUAACUUUAACGUGGCGGUGCUGAACGUGGGCGCACCUGCCGCCGGGAUGAACGCGGCGGUGCGCUCGGCCGUCAGGGUCGGGAUCACGGAGGGACACAAGAUGUUUGCAGUGAGCGACGGCUUCGAGGGCCUCUACAAGGGACAGAUUAAAGAGAUCACCUGGGGAGACGUGGGGGGCUGGACCGGUCAGGGAGGCUCUCUGCUCGGGACCAAGAGGACUCUGCCUGGGAAACACCUGCCGGAGAUCGCGGAGCAGAUGAAGCGUCACAACAUCAACGCGCUGCUCGUCAUCGGAGGGUUCGAGGCGUACGUGGGCCUGACGGAGCUCGCCGCCGCCCGGGACGCGCACGAGGAGCUGUGCGUUCCCAUGGUGAUGGUCCCGGCGACCGUAUCCAACAACAUCCCGGGGUCCGACCUGAGCAUCGGCUCCGACACCGCCCUCAACGCCAUCACGCACACGUGUGACCGGAUCAAACAGUCGGCGAGCGGAACCAAGCGCCGCGUCUUCAUCAUCGAGACCAUGGGCGGCUACUGCGGUUACCUGGCAACCGUGGGCGGGCUGGCGGCCGGCGCCGACUCGGUUUAUAUCUACGAAGAACCGUUUGACAUCCGCGACCUGCAGGCGAACGUCGAACAUCUGACGGAGAAGAUGAAGACGAGUAUCCAGAGAGGAAUCGUGCUCAGGAAUGAAAACUGUAAUGGAAACUUCACCACAGAUUUCAUGUAUCAGUUGUACAGCGAAGAGGGAAAAGGCGUUUUCGACUGUCGCAAGAACAUCCUGGGACACAUGCAGCAGGGGGGCGCUCCGUCUCCGUUCGACAGAAACUUCAGCACCAAAAUCGCCGCCAAGGCCAUGCAGUGGAUCACCCGCAGUCUGCACGAGUCCUACAAGGGAGGUCGUGUGUUUGCGAACUCAGAGGACACUGCGUGUUUGUUGGGGAUGCGUCGCAGAGCUCUGGUGUUUCAGCCUCUGUCCCACCUGCAGGAAGAAACAGACUUUGUUCAUCGUAUCCCUAAGGAGCAGUGGUGGCUGAAGCUCCGCCCCCUCAUGAAGAUUUUGGCCAAAUACAAAACGAGUUACGACGUUUCCGACUCGGGUCAACUGGAACAUCUGGCCCGAGUGCGCCCCAAGGACACCCACACGUCUGCCGCCAUCUGAGAGUACCCCAAAAGACCACCCACACGUCUGCCGCCAUCUGAGAGUACCCCAAAAGACCACCCACACGUCUGCCGCCAUCUGAGAGUACCCCA